AUGGACAACAUAUACCUCGUCAUGGAGCGUGCACAUGGAGGAGAGCUCCUGAGUCACAUCCCCCUGACUUGUGGCAUAAGGGAGGUGAAGGUCCACAGGCUGUUCAGAGAGAUGGUGUGCGUUGUGCAGUAUUGCAACCAGAAGGGCAUGGUGCACCUCGACUUGAAACCUGAGAACUUUGUGGUGGAUUCCAGGGUGCGCCACCCCAAGCUCAUCGACUUUGGCCUGAGCACCAGCUUCAUGCCUGGGCAGAAGCUGGAUGGGUUCAGGGGCACUCUGCCAUACUGUGCCCCUGAAAUCAUCCAGGGGAAGGAAUUCGAGGGUAUCCCAGCAGAUGUCUGGAGCCUGGGAGUCACUCUUUAUUUUAUGUUGACAGGGAAAAAGCCAUUCAGGGAGCUCACCAAUAAGGGGUUGGAGCAUCAGAUCUUGAGGGCAAGGUACAACAUCUCCCCGUGUCUGAGGGAGCGGCGCAGCCUCAUCCAGCAAAUUCUAAUGGAGGACCCCACGGAGAGGCCCACCCUAGAGCAGGUAAUGGGGCAACCGUGGCUGAGCCAGGGCAAGGACUCCUCACCCAGCCCUCCCAGCCCUCUCAGCCAGCCACUCCCCAAGCGGCCCAACCCCAACAUCAUGACCUUGAUGCUCGACAUGGGUUACAACCCGUACAAAGCCUGGUUUUCCCUGGAAAAUCGUCAAUUCGAUGGGGCCAUGGCUACCUACCUCCUCCUCCAGCACAAGAGAAUCCAGGGGCCGGCCAGUGUGCUCUGGGCCAAGGCUGUGCAUAAUGGGAUGGCUGGGCAUCACCAGGUCCCUGGGGCGGAUCCUUCUAGCAUCUGCCCCAACAAGUGCCCCAGUGAGCCUGCCCUUGCCUUGCCCUGUGAGCAGCCGCCGCCUGACAAAGCCACGCCCUCCGCGCAGAAGGGCACCGCAUGUGCCAGCAUGCCUGUCUGUCCUCUCCACCUUCUUCACGUGAAGACACCCCCUUCCAAGCCAGUCUCCCAACGGGACCCUCUGGCCUCCCAGGGUGGCUCCACAGGGCAGCCCGGUGAGAGAAGCAGGGGCUGGAGGGGGGUCACCAGGCGGAUGGCCACCUGCCUGCAACUGUGCUUCUGGGGGUCCACCUUCCGCAACAGAGUGGUUCCGAGGGGUGUGGGCCACAGACCCCACAGGUUCCACAACAGAGUUGCUCCGAUGGUCGAUGGACAGAGGCCACAAACCCCAUAG